ACCUUUCGUAGAUUUAUAAGUUACGUGUGCGAUAAUUGCGGUUACACCGAUCUUCGAAAAUUAUAUCGUUUUUAUGAUCCAAUUGGAGUCGUAAAUGUAAAUUAUGCUAUAAAUUAUACACGAGUAUCUCAAAAAAGAUAAUGCACAAAUAAUGAUCGCGAGAUAAUAUAUAUUGACUUGCUCGGACUAUUGCAUAAAUGCGAUGGACUCGUACGCCGCAUUAUUGUAUUGGUUUAAAAGAAUCUAGGUGGCCAGUUACGAAAGGAACUGUCACGGAUACAUUGUUUGGCUGCGCGCGAAGGACCUGUCAUAAAGUUACGGUUACGUUUAUUCGCGAAUCGUGACACAAAAAUUAAGGCGAAGAUAAGACCACCUAGAAUUGCAAAUCUUGUUCCAUGACCUUAAGAUUCUUUAUGUAUACAAUGUUGUUAAAGUUGCGUAUUAUAUUCAGUAUACUAAAUAUUAUCUAUGCAAUACUAUAUCGGAUCGUAUUGUUAAUUCGCAAGAAACCGCAAAGAAUUCCACCAAUAACAGAUUCCUUACUUACGUUUAGCGCCACUGCACUUGCUAAAAAAAUUAGACAAAGAGAGAUUACAUGUUACGAUGUUGUGAACACGCAUAUACAACACAUUAAAAAAGUGAAUUGUGUCUUAAAUGCCGUUAUCGAUUAUCGAUUCGUUGAAGCAAUAAUCGAGGCGAAAAUCUGCGAUAAACAAUUAGCAAACGGCAAGUUUGACAUUAAAACAUUAGAGAAGGAAAAACCGCUGUAUGGUAUACCAGUCACAGUCAAGGAAUGUUGUGCUGUCAAAGGUUGCAGUCAUACAGGCUGUUCUUUAGGUCGCAAAGGGAUGAAGGCAUCCCACGAUGCACUAGUCAUUAAACUACUCCGAAACGCUGGAGCGAUUCCAGUUUGCCUGACGAACACCCCGGAGAUGUGCUGUGGAGUAGAAAGCUCGAAUCUAUUGCACGGCCGUACAUGUAAUCCUUAUGAUACCAGGUACACGUCUGGCGGAUCAUCUGGAGGAGAGUGAUGAGAGCCUUAAAGAUGAAGAGUGUUCUGAAUGAUGUGCGACCAUUGACGAUGAAAAUGACUUGAGGAUGUUAGAAGAUGUUAGUUGAAGCAGAUCCACGCAACAGUUUGAGAGCUUGCAGAAAAAGCAGUAAGCAAGUCAGUUGUUUCCGAUCACCUGAAACGAAUUGGAAAAAGAAGAAAGCUCGAUAAAUAGAUGCCGCUUCAAUGGAGCGAAAAGAAUUGU